AGGAUUUUCAUGAUAUUGCAUUAAUUUACCUUCACUGUAUUGAGUUGCAAAUUUCUAUAUUCUGCUUUUGGGAUGUUCUCAAGAAAACUCCAAACAUGAUAACUAAGAUGAUCACCCUCUUCCAUUUGUACGGAAAUGUACUCCAAUUGAACAAACUAGAGAAUGGCAAUUCAUACAGCCCUGGACAAACGACUGCAGAAAUAAAAGGAAAGGAACAGCUCAGGAAGACAAGCAGACCAAAUGAAUCCAAAAACUUAAGCUCCUCGGAGCUUGAAGGUCUUACCAGGAACGCAUCCAUAGUGAAUGGCAACUGCAAUACAUGCAUAACUCAUUUGAGAUCCACCAGGACAGAGGCAAAUUUACUUGUAUCGUUAUGCAGUACUCCUAUAUUCUCUUGUUCUUUUGCGCAGCAUAGACAUGCUAUAGUUGUUCAGGUCGAAAAACACUCUCUGGUUGAUUCCGCAAAUCUAUACCUUCAUAAAUGUCUUCACCUCUCAAGAGAAACAUUCUAGUUCUGAAACAUUAGAAAUUUUAGAAUAUGCUAAUUGGCACCUAUUUUUGUGUAGCAAAAGUCAGGAGACUCAGGACCCAGCCAGACUAAUAGGGUGAAGAAAUCUAUUUGAGGGAAUGAUCUUAUACCAAAUUACAUGUCAUGUUAUUAAAUAGUUGGUGUAUGUACAACUUGUAUGGAAGAGAUUAUCAGUCUUUUUUCAAGAUUAAAUAAAUGCAUUUCAAAGGG